AUGGCAAAGAAUUCAACAGGCAAGAAGACUUCUAAAAAGCCAUCUAUGGAACUGUCAAAGCACUCUAAGAAGAGAACAAGAGAUGAAUCAGAGUCUGAAAGUGACGUUGAAGUAGACACCGAAAAGGCUGUGGAUCAAUUAGAUGAUGAGUUCGAUGAGGUAGCGGGACUUCUUGGACAAGACAUCAAAGAUCCAGAAGAGAAGGAAGCUAAUAAGAAACAAGCGGAGGAUGAGAAGAGGUUACAGGAGUUGACUAAGCCAAAAGUUGUUGAUUCAACUGAGACUAAAGGGGACGAUGAAGAUGAACCUGAAGACAACUACUCCUUUGAAAAAGCAGAAUUUUCAGAACCAACAAUGAAAGCCAUUAGAGAAAUGGGGUUUAAGAAAAUGACCAAGGUGCAGGCCAAAACGAUACCCCCAUUGUUGGCGGGAAGAGAUGUAUUGGGAGCAGCAAAGACUGGGUCUGGAAAGACAUUGGCAUUUUUGAUUCCAGCAAUUGAGCUCUUGUAUUCAUUAAAGAUCAAACCUAGAAAUGGUACAGCGGUUAUUAUCAUCACACCAACUAGAGAAUUGGCACUACAGAUUUUUGGAGUUGCUCGACAAUUGAUGGAACAUCAUUCACAAACUUGUGGAAUUGUAAUUGGAGGUGCUGAUCGAAGACAAGAGGCAACUAAAUUGGCAAAAGGGGUCAAUUUAUUAGUUGCUACACCAGGAAGACUUUUGGAUCAUUUGAAAAACACCCAGGGUUUUGUAUUUAGUAAUUUGAAAGCAUUGAUUAUCGACGAAGCUGAUAGAAUAUUGGAAAUUGGGUUUGAGGAGGAAAUGAAACAAAUUAUCAAAAUAUUACCUAAUGAAGAUAGACAAACAAUGUUGUUUUCAGCUACACAAACUACUAAAGUUGAAGAUCUUGCCCGUAUUUCAUUGAGACCAGGUCCAUUGUAUAUAAAUGUCGUCCCAGAAAAAGAUGUAUCCACAGCUGAUGGAUUGGAACAAGGGUACGUGGUGUGUGAUUCAGACAAGAGAUUUCUCUUGUUGUUUUCGUUCUUGAAAAGAAAUGUCAAGAAGAAGAUUAUUGUGUUUUUAUCAUCCUGUAACAGUGUCAAAUUUUACAGUGAAUUGCUCAACUACAUUGAUUUACCAGUAUUGGAUCUUCAUGGCAAACAAAAACAACAAAAACGUACAAAUACAUUUUUUGAAUUUUGUAACGCCAAACAAGGAAUAUUGGUGUGUACUGAUGUUGCAGCUAGAGGCUUGGAUAUUCCUGCUGUUGAUUGGAUUAUUCAAUUCGAUCCACCAGAUGAUCCAAGAGAUUACAUCCAUAGAGUCGGUAGAACAGCAAGAGGUACUCAAGGUAAAGGAAAAUCACUAAUGUUUUUAACACCAUCUGAAUUGGGAUUCUUGAGAUAUCUUAAAGCCGCUAAUGUACCACUUAAUGAAUACGAAUUUCCAACAAAUAAGAUUGCCAAUGUUCAAUCACAAUUGACUAAACUUAUCAAAACUAAUUAUUUGUUACACCAAUCUGCUAAAGAUGGGUAUAGAGCAUAUCUACAAGCCUAUGCUUCCCAUAGUUUGAAAACUGUCUAUCAAAUUGAUAAAUUAGAUUUGGUUAAGGUGGGUAAAUCUUUUGGUUUUGAUGUACCUCCAAAAGUAAAUAUUACUAUUGGAGCCAGUGGCAAAUCAAUUGAAAAGAAACAUAAGAAACAAAGGAGAGAUAAGAAGUAA